ACUGUGACGCCAUUUCCGGUCCGAACUGGGGAGCAAAUCAAGGCGAUUGAUGCGCGGGAUCAUGUCUGAGGGGAAGUCGGUUUGCGAAAACAUUGGACAUUCCGGAAAAAAGUGACGGUCUUCAUGAAGUUUUAACUGUCACACACUCUCAGCUUCAAACACAGAUCCAAGAUGCCCAUUCCUCCCCCUCCCCCUCCACCUGCUGGACCCCCGCCUCCACCCACCCUCAGCCAGGCAAACACAACUCCUCCCAAGCUGAGCCGAAAUGAAGCCAAGGGCAGGGGCGCUCUGCUCUCGGACAUCUGCAAAGGGGCCAGGUUGAAGAAAACGACCGGAGUCAAUGACAGGAGCGCUCCUUUGAUUGAGAAGCCGAAAGGAAGCGGUGGAGGCGUGUCCAGCAGUGGCGGUGGUUCUCCUGCACCAGUGCAGCCAGUAGGAGGCUUGUUUCAGGGUGGCGUCCCAAAAUUGCGACCCGUAGGAGAUGGUUCUGCAGGCCGGUCUGCAUUGCACCCUCAUGGCACUCGUUCUGCUGCUCCUCGCCCUCCCGGCAGUCAAGAAGACCCCGACAGUCCCUCUCAGCAGGUCUCUCCUCCUGAGUCUAGCCGUCCGCAGAGACCGUCCCUUCCUGAUCUGUCCCGUUCCCCCGCUGGAGGCAACAGCCCCUCUACAGGUAUGAAGCACAGCUCUUCUGCUCCGCCUCCACCUCCCCCAAUGUCCCGGCGUGGGAACGCUCCUCCUGCUCCGCUGCAGAAGGCCAACGCACCUUUGUACAAUCGAGAAAAGCCUCUUCCCCCGACUCCAGAGCAGCGCGGACCCUCUCCAGCACCGGUGCGUGAAAAUGCCCCCCCUCCGCCCGUUAAACCUCCUCCAUCUCCUGCAAGCAGCCGCUCUUCUUCGUCCUCCUCUUCCUCUCUGGCCCCGCCUCCUCCGCCAUACCGCCAGCAGUCUGGGCUUUCCAAUGGACCCUCCAGUCCUGUGAACGAAGCAGCCCCUGAACUGCCCCAGAGACACAACUCGCUCAGCAAGAAGCCUUCAGCGGCUGGACACACACCGACCCGUGGACAUGCACCGCCUCCACCUCCAUCACCCACCCCGCAGGCCGGCAGACCCCCUCCUCCAGCACGAGAGCCCCCGGGACGAGGAGCAGCUCCUCCCGUUCCUGGGCAGCCAUCGAGGAAUGGUCGUGAUGCUCCACCACCGCCUCCACCACCUUAUCGGACUCAUGGCACCAGCUCAGAUGCCCCAAGCCGAGGCAAGCCCCCUCCUCCCCCCUCCCGCACCCCAGCUGGACCCCCGCCCCCUCCCCCACCUAUCCGAAAUGGACACACCUCUAUCUCCCGCUCCUUUGUAGAUGAUUUUGAGUCCAAGUAUUCAUUUCAUCCUCUGGACGACUUCCCCCCUCCAGAAGAGUACAGGCACUUCACAAAGAUAUACCCAAGCAAAGCUAACAGAGUAAUGAGAGGAGCGCCGCCUUUGCCACCUGUCGGAAGGUAAACACUGUGAGCUGGAUCAGAGACGAGGGUUCUUCACACAGACCCAUACGCUUCUAAACAGACAAUCUCACAUGCACAUCUAAAGACACAACGCCUGCACCUUAUUAACAGCCAUUCCCCCUUCAUUGGAUAACAUUCCUCCACAUUCACAGCAGAGGCUCAUCUUCAUUCAGAAAAGAGUGAGGUGAGAGAAAGUCAUGGAUUAAUAGUGACCAACGUCAUAUUUUGUUUGACAUUUCAAGACUUGGCCGUGCGCUGAGAGAAUAAAUAACACGUAGCACUCGAUAUGGGAAGAAAACGUCGACCAUAUCAUCAUAAAUGGUUUAGUUCUCUCAGUCGCUGCCCAAUGUCAUGCACUGUGAGUUGCUCAGAUCUACAACGUGUCACUGCUUUGUUCGUUUUUGUCUUGCUCGUGCCCCUUUUUGUUUUCAGGGAACAGCCAUUACCUUUAAGUUCUCUCAGGGGGUUUGUUGGACUUCAUUAUCCUCUGGUAAGUUUGGGAGUUACAACAGGUCCAAAAGUGCCAACAGAUGCUCUGCCAUUAAUAAAUCAGCACGAGUCGUAACAGAUCCUCCAAUGGGAACCAAUCGGUUGACUUGCCUUUUGUUCUUAAGAUGGUUUUAUUUCAGGUUUGGACUCUUCACAUUGUUCUGUAACCUCAUCUGCAUUGUGAAUCUUGGCUUUUCCCUGUUGCAGGACGGCACUGCUGUGCUCCUUUGCUUCGUUUAUGACCUGGUUGAAAGCAAACCUUGUCCACGUGCUGCCUACUGACUGUUUUGUUGUUGUUGAUGUUGGGCAGCGUUGCUUCAACCUGCCCUUAUGCGAGCAUUUUAACCAUUAUUGAACUUGAUUUCGAAUUUUCCAAGUUCAAUGCAUGCUGCUUUUGGAGACUGAACCCCGAUGUAAAAUUUGCAUGUAAAGUCGCAGUUUUGUUUUUAAACGGUGCAUCUGUUAACCAAGGGUUCCCGUUGGUUGUCGUAUGCUGUAUAGUAUUGCUGCAGAAAUGUGAUAACUAGUCAUUUCAUUCAAGAGACGUUCACCUAAUUAGCUUGUUUGCUGUCAGGCUAGCCAAACAUACACCUGUUAAUCUUUACCUGGAACUGAUUAAGUGUCAUUGUUUGAUUUUCUGAGGCACUACAUUUCCUUUCUGUGGAAGAGCUAACAUCUUUUUGUUGGAUGAUUACUUUAAUUCCUCUGUUGUUGUUUUUCUGCCUUACAUUUACUGGUUAACGUGUCGGUACGGGAUUUGUACAAAAAAAAAUAAUGUGUAUUUACAGGUACAGUAGUGACUAGUCUAUUUUUAAGUUGUAAAAAGCUUGUAAUAUAGUAAAUAAUAAUGUCAGGCAAACAUAUUCAAUUGUAAACUAAUCGUUACUUGAUGGGACGUUCUCAGUUAUGGUUGAUUGGUGGAGGAUGUUUUCCAAGACUAACACUUGUCUUUGAUUGGCUACUGUCUGCCAGCAGGGGUCAGUGUACAUGACUUUAGAGGAGCAUAACUUACUCACAUUGAGAGAGAGAGAAGAUGAUUGACAUUGUCUCCAUUCCAUGCUUAACUGAAGCCUGUCCACAUCUGUUGAAAUAAAGCUGAGGAAAAAUAAC